GCAAAUUAGCGCGCAUGGUGGACCUCCGCCCGGCCGAGAAGCAUGAGAUCGAGUGGGACAUCGUCGCGCGCGAGCUCGAGAGCCCGCUCCGGAGCUUCCACGACGACUUUGUCCAGGCGCUGCAACCCUCCUUUGUCGAGUUCUCGGCCAAGCGCAGCAUGUUGCACGCGGACCAGCUCCAUCUCUUCUUGGCGCGCCACUUUAGCGGCCUCCAGACCAACAAGGAGUACACACGCCACGUGCUCGAGACCAUACAGGACAUGCGCAUGGAGCCGCCCGUGCACAUGACGUACGAGUCGGACCCACCAGUCUCGCACCAGUACAUUACCUUUAUGGAGCUCAAGGCGACGCUGCUACUGCCGACGAUGAUUGCGCAGCGCCUCGACGCAUGCGACCCGUAUGCGCUCGAGGCGAGCGUGCAGAUCCCGCUGCCACCGGCGCGGGCGAGCGCGCCACCGCGCGUCGCGCUGCCCAGUGCCAAGAACGAGUGGCAUGAGUUUCAGUUUGAGAUUCAACGAUCCAACGAGUUUCACAUGGACGUGAGCAAGCGGUCGCGGCAGUGGCUCGGUGGCUCGCAGCGGCCACGCAUCCUCGUGCUCAAGGAUGGCGUCCUCGACAUUUUUAAAAAGGCCGACAAGACGAAGCCCAAGCCCAAGGCGAGCAAGUCCAUUGCACUCGACCACGUCGACGCGCUCAGCACCGGCAGCGGCCACACGUUCAUCGUGCGCACAAAGGACGGACGCAACCUCACGCUCGCAUGCCACUCGGCCGACGCCCUCUCGCACUGCGUGGCCGAGAUUGCCACCCACUGUCUCUUCCAAGCCCUCGAUACGGGGCAGUCGCCGACCGAGCUCGGAAAAUUUGUGACGGCGGGCGCGCGCCUCAACGACGCCAUGCGGCUCCUGCCGUCGCUGCAGAAGACGGGCCUUCUCUCGUUUCCCGUCGUGCCGCUCUGCGCAGCGUUUGUGCUGGAUGGUCUCGACAAGAAGAGUCGGCCCGAGACGCGCGUCGCGGUGCUUCUCAAGGCCGGCGCGCGCCCCGAUGCGCUCUUACGCUGGGCGUUUGCCUCGCAUUUUUUUCUCCGCAAGACGCCGGUGAGCAUGAACGUGCUCGAUUUUUUUCUGCGGCACAAGCUGCCGCUUUGGACCGCCGGCGACGACCCGGCGCACUGGUCGCUCCUCCAGUACCUCUGUCUCGUCCGUGACGUGGCGAGCGUGGAGCGCUUUGUGCGACAUGUGUCGUCCGCCGACUUGGCGCGCGCAUUGCAGCACGUGAACGCGGCCGGUGACACGGUGCUGCACGUCGCUGUCAAGCGGAUUCACGAGCAAGAUAAAGACGACGACGCAGAGCGGAUCGCUUGUCUUUUGCUCAAGGCCGUCGCCAAGCACAAGACGACGGAGUAUCUGUGGCUCGACCAGGACGAUGCGGGCGGCGAGUCGCUUCUGCACAUGGCGCUCCAAGCCCGCAUGUGGAAGCUCGUGGACAUUCUCUUGGCGCUGGUGUCGUCGUCGCACGGCUGCAGCGGCUUUUCGGUGCUCCACUUAGCGAUUCGGCUCGACGCGCCCAUCAAGAUUCUCUCGCGCCUCAUCCAGCUCUGCAAGACGAAGCGCAACAGCAGCAAGAAAAAGGACGUCGACGGCCUUGAGCUGCGCGACGACGACGGCGCCGAUACGCCGCUCACGCUCGCCAUCAAGUGCCGCAACGAAGCGGUCGUCGAAGAGCUCUUGGCGGCCGGAGCCCAACCCGACGCCUCUAGCGACUGGGGCGCGACGCUGGUCGGUUCGCCCGUGACGCCCACGGACACGCCGCUGCACGUUGCGAUCAAAACGGGGUUGCCGGCCGCCGCGCGAGCUCUCGUGCUCCACGGUGCGUCGUGGUUUACGCUCGAUGGCUUCGGGUCGUCGCCGCUCUCGCUCGCGCUGCGCUACGGUAUGUACGGGCUCGUGUACGAGCUCCUCCACGUUGUCUCGGGCGAUACGGGCGAGCUCGAGUGGACCGACCGCCACGUCGGCGACAGCGUCGUCGGUCUCGCGCUCAAGGCCGGGCAGCUCGAGCUCGCGUGUCUGCUGUUGGACCUCUCGCCAGCAGUCGUGCACGUGCAGCACCUUCGGACAAAGGAGUCGCCGCUGCAUUAUGCCAUGAAGAUCCGCGUCUGGCUCGAGUACCUCGAGCCCAAGUCGCAGAAGUACAAGAAGACACGCCAAGCACGCGUGAAGUCCAAGAGCGAUGGCGACCUCUCGACGCUGCUCACCGGCGACUGGGCCGCGCCGUCGUACGAUCUCCAGAGUCACUUUUUUGUCCAGCGUGCGCUCGAAGGCCUCCUUCUCGGGCUGCUCAAGCGCGUGCCGCCGAGCCUCUGCGUCCUGCGUACCGAGCGAGAUCCCAUGGCGCCAUGCGAGCCCAUCUUUCACUUGUUCAACAGCGACGACUGCAUCACCGACCAUCAAGUCGACGCGUUCACGCCGCUGCACGCGGCCGCGCGCGGCGGCGCCUCGACCAACCACAUUCUGCGCUGGCUGCUCUUGCACCUCAAGCACUGUCGCGUCCGUGACACGCUCGGCGUCACGAUUGGAUUCGACGAGACGCCGCUGCACGUGGCGAUCGAAGCCGGCGCGGUCGAGAACGCGCUCGACUUGCUGCGCGUGCUCGGCAGCGCGAUCGAAGACGAUGGCGCCGUCAUCGUCCGGGAUGCUGUGCGCCGCGACCAAGCGUCCGCCUUGCACCUCGCCUGCCAGUCGCCGGAGGCCAACGCCGCUGUGAUUGCAGAACUGCUUCAGCAAGGCGCGUACGCCGAAGGCUGGGACGAGCUCGGUGACGCGCCGCUCCAUGUGGCCGUCGCCCACGGCGCGUCGGCGAUGGUCGUGCAGACGAUGGCGCGGCUCGGCGUGGAUAUCAACGCGCGCACCGAGGACGGGCGCACGCCGCUCAUGGUGGCUCUCUGCGCCAACAACGAGAGCGCGUUCGACGCGCUCGUGCAGCUCGGCGCCAACACACGCGCGCGUGUGCCCGGCACGCGCCACGGCCUCGCCGAGCUAGGGGCGGCCAUGGACGCGCUGAGCCCGGCGAUCGCGCACGCGAUUCUUGACGACGUCAAGGGCUACGCGCGCGCCGACGUGCUCCAGCAGAUUGCGGACGCGAGCGACUGCUUUGCGUCCGACCAAGUGCUUGGCGACGUGAUGCGGCCGACGUACCGCACCCAAGGCAGCAUUGGCUCCAAGAACGAGUUUAGCAUCACGCGCUUGUCGCUGACGGCGGAAUCGGCGCCGCCCCUGCCGCUCUCGUCGUCGAGCAAGACGGCGCUGCCCCUUAAAAAGUGGAUCGAAAACACCGCGCGAUCGCCGGACGAGCUCCCCGAGGCGGUCAAUGCCAAUGCCAAGGUCGUCAAGAAGGAGCAGCUGUGGUGGCUGCGCCUCAAAGACGAGGAAAAGUCGACGCUGCAGCUGGUGGCGAACGAAGCCAAGCUCGCAGCGCGCGAGUGGCUCCAGAAGCGCAUUGGCAAGAAGAAGAUGCUCUCGGACUCGCUCGUGCUCUGUCAACAGUACUACGCGGAGAAGGGCAUCGACCUCGACCCGAUCCUCGCACGCAAGGAAGCCGAGAAGAACUUUGUCGACCGGCACGUGGCCGAGGCUGUCUCGGACGCCCGCAUGGAAAUUGAGCGCGAGAAGCAGAUGAUCGCGCACGAAGCCACGCGCCGCGUCGCCAAAGACCCGCUCUCCACCACGAGCGCGGUGAGCUUUGCGGCCACAUCGACCACGUCGAGCUUCCUCGUCGAGAGCUUCCUCCUCGAGAACCUCGAGACGGACGACGAGGUCGACGACGACGUGGCCAUCUACUCGGAUGUCUUCGAGUGGAACCUCGACGCACGCAAUACGCUCUGCUAGCCCCUCUUAUAUAUAUCUUAUUUAAUGCGAUGGCACCAACUCCUUCAUACAGGCU